AUGUCUAAAGCAUCCUUAUUGUGUUGUGCCAUCUUGGGGCUUCUUGUUCUUGUUCAUGCAAAGGAAAAUAAAAAUAUUGGAUUUUAUGAAUUGAAAAGAGGAGAUUUGAGGCUUAAUUUGACUAACUAUGGUGCUACAAUUGUUUCUCUUUUUGCACCUGAUAAACAUGGGAAUUUAGCUGAUAUUGUUCUUGGUUAUGAUUCCAUUGAGUCCUAUGAGACUGAUACAUGUUACUUCGGUGCUCUUAUUGGGCGUGUAGCAAAUAGGAUUGGAGGAGCUCAAUUCACUCUGGAUGGCAAAACAUACAAAUUGCCGGCGAAUGAUCAUGGGAACACACUCCACGGUGGUACCAAAGGGUUCGGCGACAAUAUAUGGACAGUAGGUUAUCACAAGGAAGACAGUCAUAUCACAUUUGUCUACAACAGUUCCGAUGGCGAGCAAGGUUUUCCUGGAAAACUCGAGGUAAGUGUGACUUACAUGUUAAUUGAAAAACACAUAUUGGGUGUGAAAAUGACUGCUAGGCCAAUCGACAAACCGACACCAGUAAAUCUAGCACAACAUACUUACUGGAACCUAAGAGGACACGACAGUGGCGACAUUCUAUCACACACCGUUCAAAUAUUUGGUUCAAACAUCACACCAGUAGACGAUAAACUCAUCCCGACAGGCAAACUCCAGCCCGUGAGCAACACGCCAUACGAUUUCCUUACGCCAAAAGAAGUUGGAAGCCGAAUUAACGAGCUUCCUGGUUUAUACGACAUUAACUACGCGUUGGACAAGAAUGGUAAAAGUUACUUGAGCAAAGAUGCUGUGGUGAGAGAUCCUGUCUCAGGGAGGAAAAUGGAGUUGUGGUCAAAUCAAGUUGGGUUGCAGUACUAUACCAGUGGCAUGUUGGGUGAUACUAAAGGAAAGAAUGGAGCUACAUAUCAUAAAUAUGGUGGUAUUGCUUUGGAGACACAGGGUUAUCCAGAUUCAGUGAAUUUGCCUAACUUUCCAUCUCAGAUUGUGAAGCCUGGAGAGACUUACAAGCAUAUCAUGGUUUAUAGAUUCACAGCUAGCUAG